AUGUUUACCAUUCUUUCCUAUGCUUGUGUCUUCAUCAUCACCAUUGAGAGAGCAGCAUGGAGGAAAACAGCGAAGGAAAACGUGUCUAACAUCAACGAUACUGAAGAGCGCAGUUUAUUCCUCAACACCGAAUCUGUAGUUUUACUUGGAUUUCUUAUAAUUCUUAUUAUAGAGCAGGUAGUCCAUACCUUUUCGGCUGAAAAAGCUUCUUCCAAGAAUUCGCCAAAUCGAGGCGAUGCUUUACCAUCUUUGAGAUCGCUUCUCGAAGGAGAAGACGAAGAUGGUCAGCCUCUUGUUGACACCACUCUCGAUGAUCAUGACGAUCGCGUACAAGAUAUUGUAUUCCGUUCGUCUUCCCCCAUGGAUUGUGGUUCCCACCAUGCAGGGCAUGGUCAUGCUGCUUCUGUAGAUGGAAUUUCCGCUCGUACUCUCUUCCUUUUGUUUGGACUAUCUACUCACUCGUUUUUCGAAGGAAUCGCUUUGGGUGUUCAGCAUGACAAAGAAGAUUUUAUGAACAUUCUAAUUGCUGUGAUGUUCCAUGAGGUGCUAUGUUGUGUUGCAUAUGGUGUGUCAAUGGCUCAGCAGCAUACACCUGUACGUGCCGCCUUGCCAACUGUCUUGAUUCUUUCGGCCAGUAUUCCAUCAGGAAUGAUCACCGCCCUUUUGGUGGAUCAGAUUAAUUCGAACUCGCUCAUGCUACGAUUCGUUCUCGAAGGCUUAGCAGGUGGUGUAUUCGUUUACGUCGCAUGCGUUGAAAUGCUGAGUGUUGAAUUGGGCCACUCACAAGGUCAUAGUCACACCGGAGGCCACGGUCACAGCAAUGGUCACGGACCACAACCAUCACCGUACCAAAGCUUGGUGAAAGCAGCGGCAGUGGUUUCUGGAGUUCUUCUUUUCUUGGGAUUGAAAAUAGCUCGUGGACGACAUCUUUAG